UUAUAUAUAAAACAGUAUACAAUAUUCGUUAAUGUUCCUGUAGGAAGGAGCUUGUUCUGUUGACAGACAGAGGCUUCAAUUCCGCGAGUAGGCUUGCAAAACUGUGCGAACGGAUUGCGAAAGCGUGGGCACAGAUUAUGAAUUUGUGGGUACAGAUUUCAAAAACUGAGGCGACGGUUUACAAAACCGAGAGCACGGAUUGUAAACUCGUUUAUUAAACAGUUUAUUAAUCCGAGAGCACGGUUUUGUAAACUGAAGGAACGAAUUACAAAACUGUGGACACGGAUUUGCGGGUCUUGGUUUUUUUUCUCCGAGGGGUGACCAGAAAGGCUCCGUAGCAAAGACCAACAAUCUUGCAAAAAUGCAAAACUCUGAGUCAAACUGCCAUGUGUGCAGUGAUUUAACAAAACAAUGCUGACUGCACUGGUCGAUGAAUUGCUUAUCAAACGGUAUACAGAUUCGCAUUUGAGCUUGUUAAACCAUUGGAGGUCUUGCACUCAAACAAAGAUGUGUUUGUUUUAAAGACACAUUCCGAGAACAUGAUGCUUCUGGAAAGCUUAAAUAGGGACUUUUUAACCUUGUUUUUGUAGACUUAUUGCAAAUUUUGCAUUUUGGAUGUAUUUGAUACAGGGAAAACAGUCCUAAUCAGCUCAGUUAGAAAAAUACAUUCACAAAGUGGGAACGUUUUUCAAAGUGUGCCAGAAACCUUUGGACUAGACAAUUAUUUUUAAGUAAAAUAUAUUUUUUAAUCUCUCAUCAACACUACGUUGUGUGUAGUGCAAUCUACACAUCAGCUAAAAGCAGGUAUGUGAAUAUUUGUAUGUAAAGUGAUUCCACAUGAUCAAAGUGAAGUAGUAAAAUAGCUAGCACUGGCUUGGAUCAUAAAGGGUUAAGGGGAAACAAACAAGAUAAAAAGUGUCCCGCAACUGCAGUACACAUAGAAAACCACUAUUUUCUCUCACUUGCUCUCAUAAGCAUUCUUGCCUUCAGAGAAUAUCCCACGCCAUUCACUAACAGCUUCAGUUUAGGACAAUUUUGAAACAAAUCCUCAUGUAAAAAUGUUCUCGAUCAACACAACCACUGAAUACAACUUAACAGUUUUUGACAACACCACCAGCCGAUACGACAAUGCAUUUGUUGAAAAGAUGAAUCAUGUCAUCAGUUUGAGCUUAAUCGUUGUGACCUUCAUCGCCAUGAUGUCUCUUGGUUGCACAAUGGAGGUGUCCAAAAUCAAGAAAUAUCUCAUCAAACCCAAAGGGGUGGCGAUUGCAGCCGUGGCUCAGUAUGGAAUAAUGCCCCUAACAGCUUUCUGUUUGGCAAAACUGUUACAAUUAGGUCCUUUAGAAAGCAUCACCGUGUUAAUUUGUGGAUGCUGCCCAGGGGGAAACCUAUCAAACUUCUUUGCUCUUGCGCUCCAGGGAGACAUAAAUCUCAGUAUUGUGAUGACAACCUGUUCCACCGUUAUGGGCUUGGGUUUGAUGCCCCUCAUGAUCUACCUGUACUGCCAGGGUUUCUCCAAUCUGGAAAGAGCUGUUCCUUACACUAGCAUCAUUAUAUCUAUGAUUUUAAUCCUGGUGCCUUGCGGUGUUGGCAUACUGAUAAACUACCACUUUCCCAAAUAUUCAAAAAUUAUAACCAAGGUUGGGAUUUCUGUCAUGCUGAUCUUAUUUGUUGUCAUUGGUGUUGUGGCUGGUGUGAUUGAUGGAAACAGAGUUUUUCGGGUGACAGCUCCUCCACUUUUAGCCACAGCUGCACUGAUGCCAAUGAUCGGAUACAUAUGUGGGUACAUCCUCUCGACUCUGUUCAAGAUGAACGCAUCUUGCAGACGGACUAUUGCUAUCGAGACAGGUUGUCAGAACAUCCAGCUGUGUACCACAAUCUUAAAGGUGGCCUUCCCUGCCGAGGUCAUUGGUCAGCUGUAUCUCUUUCCCGUCGUGUACAUUGUGUUCCAGGUAGUCGAGGCGCUUUUCUUGGUAGUCCUGUUCAGAUGCCACCAGAUGCUGAGACCAUCUGACCAAGAAACCGAAAUGUACAAAGCAGUAAAAGGAGCAGCUGAAGAAACUAAUGCAGCUCAUAUGAUCACAUAGGGUCAUUAUCAUUAAAUUGAAAAGAUUUGAUGAAUUUCAGAACAAAUAUGAUCAAAACAAGAAGUAUUUUACAGCUAUAUGCUUUAGAAAUGUGUAGGGGUCAUUUUAUUGUUAAUAGUGAAGUGACCUAUUAGUCAGAUAUGGUGACGCAUACCCGAAAUGUGACCUCUGCAUUUAACCUAUCCAGAGAGUAGUGAACACACGUACACCCGGAGCAGUGGGCAGCUAUCACUGCAGUGCCCAGGGAACAAGUAGGGUUAAGGUGCCUAAUAAGGUGUUAAUUUGACCUUUUUAACACUGGCGAUUUUACUGUGUACAAUUGUGUGCUUAUAAUGUUGCAUGAUUAAAAUGUUACAGAUUUGUUUUUGGUGAUAACAUAACUAAAAUACACUGGAAUCAAACCGUUUGAAUGGUCAUGGUUUUGUGAAACCAAAUAUUAAACUUGCGACAAAAGUCAACCUUUAUUGCAUCUCAUUCCAGAUGUACACACACCUGACACUUUAAUCAAUCAACCAUGAUUCAUUGUAUUUUUAGGAGUGGCGUAAUCAGGUUUUAGUAACCUGCUUCAUCAUAAUGCUUAGAAUAUUAAUGAUAAAACAUUACAAUGAAACUAGAUGCCUACGGGUUUAUGCAAAGGUCACAUCAGAGAAAUAUCACAAAAAGUUGUAUAAUAUUCAAAUAAGCCCUAGUUCAAGUUGGUGAAAACAUCAUCAGUUUAGGGAGGCUAACUCGUUUUUUAUUUUUGAAUGAUUUUAAUGUUAUAAAAUAGAUUCAAAUCUAGCAUGGUAACGGUUGAAAUAAUUAAUUCAUUACCAUUUAAAUAAUUGCCAUUCAGAUGGAAUGAAGUGACACCCGCUAAAGGGAUAGUUCAUCCAAAAAUAAUAAUUCUGUCAUCAUUUACUUAUCCUCUUGUCAUUUCUGCAGAGCACAAAAGAAGAUAUUUUGAAGAAUGUUGGUAACCGAACACUGGCGGUACCCAUUGACUUCUAUUGUAUGGACACAAAACCAAUGUAAGUGAGUGGGUACCGCCGUUAUUCAGGUACCAACAUUCUUCAAAAUACCUUUUGUGUUCAGCAGAAGAAAUUUAUAGAUUUAAAAUGAGUAAAUGAUGACAGAACUUUUUUUAAUAACUGUGACAAAUUCAUUAACAAAAAUUAUUUUCAGGUAAUAUGAACAUCACUUUACAUGCAUUUAAACGUGUAGACACAACUGGAUGUUGAUUCAAAAUUCCACAUAAAAUGAAAUGAGAGCAAUUUCAGCAUGUGAUGGCUUAAACCACAGCAUAUUAUAAUCUUAUUCACGAAACGUGUGGUGCAGAAAAUUUACUCGCAUCUAAAUUCAACAUUUAAUUGUGCAUAUUCAAUCAGAAUAUAUGAAAAGGGUUGUUUAUGAUACAAGAGUUUUCACAAAUAUCAAAAUGUGUACUCAUGCAGCAACAGUUGAUAAGUGAGAUUAUAUCUUGUGCAUUCAUGUUACAAACAAUUCUCGGGUAGGAUAACAAAAGUGAAAGAAAAACAAAUGAAUGCUUCUGAACAUGCACUUAGCUAACCUGAAUGGCAUAAACUGUAAAAUGACAAAGAUGUUAAGUGCCAGUCAAUGUACUGGAAAUGGCUGUCAUCACUUUGUGUUUGCAUGGUAACAGUUGUAAAAAAUGACUAAAUGUACACUAAAUGUAAAUACAUGAAUGUGCUCAACCUAGUAGCUCUUCUGUCACCAGAAAUUGACAUUUUGGGCCAUGAAGUUUGAUGUUAACAAUGUUCAGAAACACACUUUUAUUUAUUCCAAAAUCCCCAAAUAAACAACAUAAAUUUCAGCCAAGCUUACUUGAAACAAUCCAAAACCACAUUUACCAGCUUACCCAUAAAUAUGUUUAGACAAUUUAAAGGACCUCACUCAGUAAUGAAAAAUAACAAACAACCCAUUUCAACCAUUUAAACACAACUUUUAGAGAAAAGAAAAGAAAAAACAA